ACCGGGUAGCCGCUUCAUGGUUUUUAGGCUUUUAGCUGCUUACAGAAAUGGAGAUUAAGAAGGAGAAGAAAACUUCAUCUUCCUCAGCAACUUCACCAUGUGCUCACCUCAGAGAAGCUUACCAUAAUUGCUUCAACAGAUGGUAUUCUGAGAAGUUCUUGAAGGGUCAAUGGGAUAAAGAGGAGUGCGCUUCGGAGUGGCAGAAAUAUCGAGAUUGUCUUUCUCAACAUUUGGAUGAUAAAUAUUUGAGUAGAUUCUUGGAAGCGGAGGACACUAUCAAUUUGGGCAAUCAAACUGAUUGUAAUGGCCCUGCCGGAGCUCCUAGACAAUAGCAACUAACUUAUGGAGACACUUCAAGAAAGGAUGCCAAGAAAUUGCACUUUUUUGCUGCUCUUCUGGACAGUCGACAUAUUAAGUUCAGCCUUUAAUCUGGUUAAAUGCUUUUGCUGUUGCUUUUCAACAGUUUGCCAUAGGCCCUAAUAAUGGGAUUACAGGUACAUGUAUGAGAUAUUGAGAUUCUAUAUAAGAAGACUGCAGCUUCUACAAAAAUCUUCCUUUUUUUGUAUGGGAAGUGGGAAAGUAGCUCGAAUUGCUAUCUUUUAUUUGUAUUAAAGUGAGAAUUUUGUUGAAAUGUUAUCAAUGAAUUUAAAAUGAAUUUUACCUUUUAAGAUUGACCCAGCUUUGCGCCUUUGGGCCAGCUAUAAAUGAGAAUUGGCUCAAGAAUUA